AUGGAAGUGGAGGCGCUGCGCGCGCUGCUGGAGAGGCACGAGUGGGUGGCGCAGGCGGUGCCCGGCAUCGUGCACAGGCUGGUGGUGCAAGCGGCGGAGCACGACCACGCGCUCCGCUUUGGGCAGCAGCUGCACGGUGUGGAGGCAGCGCAGCAGAGCUGGGCUGGGACCCUGAGAGCCAACGUGGCGCUGCUGCUAGAGAUGGAGCAGUCGCUCAAGGAGAACGUGGCCUCUGUGCAGACAAACUUCGCCACCCUUGAGGCACGGGUGACGAAACUUGGCCAGUGAAGAAGAGGAGACAAGAGGAGACGAGGUGAAGGAGUCAAAGAAAGAAAAAGAGAAGUGGUGGCGGCGAGGUACGGAUGAAGCGUGCAGCAGAAGAGCCGGUGACCAGAGGUGACCAGAGGUGACGGCUUUGCACUUCAAUCCGUGUCCUCGUUUGCAGCCUUCAGGGCACAUUCACGAAGCCCGUCCCCCCCCCCCCCCCCCCCCAUCAGCGCUCUCACGCGACGGACAGCCCCCGUCUCCAGAUGGAGGAGGAACGCAGUCCCGUCCUCACGCCGCUCCGCCAUCAGCACCACAAAGCAACCACGGCGCGUUGGCAGCACCGCCGCCCCCUCCAAAAUAAACAGAGUGGCA